AUGAAUGCCCUCGAUGGCGUCCCCUUCAAGGUGCCCAGUGGCUUUGUGAUAGGCACAGAGCCCCUUCCUGGGCCAGAGUUCAGUGUCCCAGCCUGCAGGGAGCUUCUGCUGGGUUCUAUGCACGACUUCAGCUUGGAGAGGAGAGCGCUCUUCUGGGUGGAGGCUGUGGUCCGGGCAUCCUGCCCGUUCCAAUGCGACGCCGCGGGAACGGCAUCAGCCCCUCCCGCCUGGCUCUUGCUGGUCAGCCCUGAACGCGAGCUAGUGCCGGCACCUGCCGCAGACACGGGCCCUGAGGCCGGACCCCAGCAGCGGCUUGACCAGGAGGAGGAGGAAGAGAACCAGGGCGAGGACCACGAAGAAGCCACCUCUGCCAACGAGGAAGAGCCAGGUCACUGCAGCCCCCCGUCCAGCUCCCCUGCGAGCCCCGGCCCCGGCCAUCCCCGCUGUUCGCUGGACUUGCUGCGCGGCGUGAGGUCGGAGCUGGCCGGGGCGCGGCGGCGGCUCUCCGAGGGCCCGCUCUCCGUCCGCCCCCGCGCCCUCCUGCACCGCGUCCACCACCGGGCGCUGAGCCUCUGCCCCAGCCCCGCGCCGCGUCCGGGCUCCGUGCCGCCCGCGGACCCCGCGCCGCCCCCGCGGCCCUGCACUGCCGGCGCCAUGCCCCCGCUGCGGAGCCACAAGCCCACGGUCGCGUCCCUCAGCCCGUACACCUGCCUGCCACCUCUUGGGGGGAUGCCCCAGCAUCUCAGUGACUGCAGAUCACACCCUGCUUCUGCUGACCUGCUGUCUGCCCUGAGCCAGGAGGAGCAAGAUCUCAUCGGGCCAGUGGUCGCCCUGGGGUAUCCCCUGCAUAGGGCCAUCGGGGCUCUGCAGAAGACGGGGCGGCAGAGCCUGAGCCAGUUUCUCAGCUACCUUCGUGCCUGUGACCGACUGCUGCGGCAGGGCUAUGAGGAGAGGCUGGUGGAGGAGGCCAUGGAGAUGUUCCAGUUCUCCGAGAGCCAGGCAGGGGAGUUCCUGCGCCUCUGGGCACAGUUCAGCGACAUGGGCUUCCAGCAGGACCGGAUCAAGGAAGUGCUGCUGGUCCACGGCAACCGCAGUGAGCAAGCGCUGGAGGAGCUGGUAGCCUGUGCCCAGUGAGCACUGGUGCAUUCCACAACGCCUGUGCAUCCCAGUCCUGUGCCAGACCUGGCAAGCCACUGUAACUGGAUUAUUAAGACUACGUAAGAGGGGCACCCGGCUGGCUCAAUCGGAGGAGCAUGUGGCUCUUGAUCUCAGCGUUGUGAAUUUGAACCCCACGUUGGGUGUUGAGAAUUACU